AGUAUCAUACAAUGCUACCGAAACAUUGUACAGAAAGAAAAUGGCUGAGACGAUGAAGCAAAAGCAUUUUGUUCUAGUGCAUGGGGCUAACCAUGGAGCUUGGUGCUGGUACAAAGUUAAACCACAGCUGGAGGCCGCUGGGCACAAGGUCACGGCGCUUGACCUUGCUGCCUCCGGCAUCAACAUGAAGUCCAUCCAUGAUGUUCAUUCACUUUACAACUACACUGAGCCUCUGUUGGAGUUUUUGGCCUCACUUCCUCCUGAUGAAAAGAUCAUUCUGGUUGGUCACAGCCUUGGGGGCUUGAAUUUGGCUUUGACAAUGGACAAAUUCCCAGAAAAGAUUUCUGUCGCUGUUUUCUUAACAGCUUUCAUGCCUGACACCCACCACGCUCCAUCUUAUAUCUUGGACCAGUUUUUAGAGAAGAUACCACCAGGCGUUUGGAUGGACACUGAAUUUUCCCCUUUCCCUACAAAACCAUCUCUCUCGUCAAUGUUCUUCGGCCCCGAGUUCUUAAAAUCCAAGCUCUAUCAGCUGAGCCCCGUUGAGGAUCUAGAGCUAGCGAAGACGUUAAUUAGGCCAGGAUCACUGUUUGUAGACGACUUGGCAAAGUCCAAGAACUUCUCCAACGAGGGGUAUGGCUCAGUUGCGCGAGUAUAUAUAGUAUGCGAGGAGGAUAUGGGGAUCAUAAAGGAAUUCCAGUGCUGGAUGAUCGAAAACUAUCCUGUCAAAGAGGUGAUGGAGAUUAAGGGUGCCGAUCAUAUGGCGAUGUUUUCCAAGCCACAAGAACUCACUCAUCGUCUCUUAGAGAUAGCUCAUAAACAUGCUUGAUAUGUGUCAUGGUAACAUCUCAAUGAUGGUAAAUUGAAGUUACCGAUCAUUCUUGUGGCCAAUGACUGUGGAAUUUUGUUGGUGGAAUAUCAUUUUCACCUGGUUGUGAUAUUUAGUGCGUGAUGAUGUUUUUGCAAUAAAACAAACCGAGUGUGAUAAA